GAGCAGACAUCAAAUAUCCGAGCCCCUGAAUACAGCAUGACACAACAACGAAAAUGGCGUGCUGUGGAAGAUGUUUUUGUUGCCAGUGUUGUUGUAGAGAGGGAGAGACACGGACCCCAGAAGAGCUGACAAUCCUUGGGGAAAUCCCAGACGAGGAACAGAUUCUACCCAGGAAAGACUAUGAGAGCUUGGAUUAUGACCGCUGCAUCAGUGAGCCUUAUGUGGAGGUCCUGGAGGGGAUGGACAACAAGAAAGCCAAAAAAUAUGAGGCGGUGCAUUGGAUGAUGGUGUUUGCGAUCGGGGUCACAGUGGGCCUGCUGGGCCUGUUUGUGGAUUUUUUCGUACGCCUCUUCAACAAACUAAAGUUUACUGUGGUUGGUGAUUCUAUAGAGAAGUGCAGUGACAAAGGCUGUCUGUCUUUGUCCUUGCUGGAGCUCUUGGCGUUCAACAUGACCUUCGUCUUCAUUGCCAGUGUACUCGUCCUCAUCGAGCCUGUGGCUGCAGGAUCAGGGAUUCCAGAAAUCAAAAGUUACUUGAACGGAGUGAAGAUUCCUGGAAUUGUUCGACUACGAACUUUUCUCUGCAAGGCUGCUGGAGUCCUGUUCAGUGUAGCUGGAGGUCUCUUUGUGGGGAAGGAAGGUCCAAUGAUCCACAGUGGAGCCAUCGUGGGAGCCGGCCUUCCUCAAUUUCAGAGCAUUACUUUCAGGAAGAUCAAAUUUGACUUUCCCUACUUCCGCAGCGACAGGGACAAGCGAGACUUUGUGUCAGCUGGUGCUGCUGCUGGAGUAGCUGCUGCCUUUGGUGCGCCAAUCGGUGGCACCCUCUUCAGUCUGGAGGAGGGCUCGUCAUUCUGGAACCAAGCCCUUACAUGGAAAGUGCUCUUCUGUUCCAUGUCGGCCACUUUUACUCUCAACUUCUUCCGUUCGGGAAUCAACUUCAGCAAGUGGGGCUCCUUCCAGCUGCCUGGCCUCCUGAACUUUGGAGAGUUCAAGUGUCCAGAUGGAGACAAGAACUGCCACCUGUGGACAGCUGUGGAUCUUGCCUUCUUUGUCCUGAUGGGUGUGGUGGGCGGCCUUCUGGGGGCGCUCUUUAACUGCAUGAACAAGAACCUGGCCAAGUAUCGCAUAAGACACAUUCAUCCUAAGGCCAAGUUUAUCAGAGUUUUAGAGAGUCUGUUGGUUACCAUGGUGACAACGAUUGUGAUUUUUGCGGCUUCCAUGCUGGGUGAAUGUCGUGACCUGUCCACUCCCACAGCUCACAACACCACGCUGGCUGGCAGUGAGGACAUCAACUCAACCAUUCGACAGUUCUUCUGCUCAAACAAGACCUACAAUGACAUGGCAACACUGUUCUUCAACCCACAGGAGGCAGCCAUCCACCAGCUCUUCCAUCAGGAUGGUACCUUCAGCCCUGUGACUCUGUCAGUGUUCUUCUUCUUAUACUUCCUGCUGGCCUGUUGGACAUAUGGUGUGUCUGUCCCCAGUGGCCUUUUUGUCCCCUCACUGCUGUGUGGGGCAGCUUUUGGACGCUUGGUUGCCAACGUGCUCAAAGUGAAACUGGGAAUGGACAUCUACUCAGGAACCUUUGCUCUCAUUGGAGCUGCUGCCUUCCUUGGAGGUGUGGUCAGAAUGACCAUCAGCCUCACUGUCAUCCUCAUUGAAUCCACCAAUGAAAUCACAUACGGGCUGCCCAUCAUGAUUACGCUAAUGGUUGCCAAGUGGACUGGUGAUUUCUUCAACAAGGGCAUCUAUGAUAUACACAUCCAGCUGAGAGGAGUGCCUCUGCUCGAGUGGGAGACUGAGGUAGAGAUGGACAGGCUGACAGCCAGUGAUAUCAUGGAGACCAACUUGACUUACGUGUACCCCCACACCCGAGUCCAGUCUCUAGUCAGCAUUCUGCGCACCACGGUCUACCAUGCCUUCCCCGUAGUUACUGAAAACCGUCAGAAUGAGAGGGAUUUCAUGAAGGGCAACAUCCUGAUCAGCAACAAUAUCCACUUCAAGAAAUCCAGUGUUGUGUCACGUGCGGGCGAACAGCGACGGCGCUGCCAGUCCAUGAAGUCGUACCCAUCGAGCGAGCUGAGGAAUGUUUGCGAUGAGCAAAGUGCUGCAGUCGAACCUUCAGAAGAGGGAGAAGACCUGCUGCAGCAGAUGUUAGAGAGGAGGCAUGCUCCCUACCCUAACCUGUACCCAGACCAGUCUCCCAGUGAGGAGUGGACCAUGGAGGAGCGCUUCAGGCCGCUAACCUUUCACGGUCUCAUCCUUCGCUCCCAGCUGGUUAACCUGCUCAUACGAGGGGUGUGCUACGCCGAGAACCAGUCGAGCACCAAUCAGCCUAGGUUGUCGUAUGCAGAGAUGACUGAAGAUUACCCACGCUACCCUGACAUCCAUGACCUCGACCUCACCCUGCUCAGCCCUCGCAUGAUAGUGGAUGUCACCCCCUACAUGAACCCGUGUCCCUACACUGUUUCACCCAAUGCCCGCAUCUCCCAGGUGUUUAACCUCUUCAGGACUAUGGGCCUGCGACACUUACCCGUGGUUAAUGCUGUUGGAGAAAUUGUGGGAAUAAUCACACGACACAAUUUAACCCACGAGUUCCUGAUGGCCAAACUGCGACAGCACUACAUCACCAUUUGACCCAGCUGCCUCCCCUCAAACCUCCUCCAUCCCUGAUAGCGUUCUGACACACACACAUGCACAUACAUCCUCUGUACAGUAGGGGGCGUCGUUAUCCAGGUAACGAAACCUUUCAGCUGUCAAUCACUGCAGUCUUUUUGGUCUUCUUCAGUCCAACCUCCAGUGUGCUAACACACACACACACACACACACACACACACACACACACACACACACAC